CUUCCGGAUACGCUCUGGUUGCUGAGGAGUUUUGCCUUGCUGCGGAGAAAAUCAACAGGUUAUCGGGGAAAUCCUUGGAUCAAUAUGCCGCAUACAGGUCAAGCGGGAGUUAAUCAAUUGGGUGGUGUCUUUGUUAACGGGAGGCCAUUACCCGAUUGCGUUCGACAGAGGAUCGUGCAACUCGCUUUGGUCGGCGUCAGACCCUGCGAUAUCUCGCGGCAGCUUCUCGUUUCCCAUGGCUGUGUCUCGAAAAUCUUGACAAGAUUCUACGAAACGGGAAGCAUCCGGCCAGGGAGCAUUGGAGGAAGCAAAACGAAGCAAGUGGCCACACCCACAGUUGUUAAAAAGAUUCUACGAAUGAAGCAGGAACAGCCGACGAUGUUCGCCUGGGAGAUCCGGGAGCAGCUGGCCCGGCAAGGAGCCUGCGAUCCCCAAAGCUUGCCCUCUGUGUCCUCCGUGAAUCGGAUCCUUCGUGGCGGAGGGCUUCACACUGAUCACGCGGCCAUCGAGAACGGUUCCUCCAGCCCUUACGCUUCGCAAGUCUCGUCGAACGUCACCAACAGAGACGCGCUAAUGAGAACGGAUUACCAGCUGUUUUAUCCGGGAGCGUUGGGGCCACUGCACAUUUCCACGACUUCCGGUAAUACCAGCGCGCCAUCUUGGAAUCCGAGCUUCUAUUCAUCCCUGUACCAAGCCACCACGCUGCACUUGCAUCAUGGAAUGCAAUCCUUCACAUCGUUGGACGUGGAACGCCUAUCGGAGCAAAAUGGCGGCGCGAACCAGGUCGAGCUGAAAUCGAGCUCGAGCUCGAUGACGGGCAGCGACGAUUCCCUGGACAAGAGCGACCUCGAUGAGAACACGGAGUCGCAGGAUCACUACAAGCCGUUCCAGAAUUCGCCGAUAAUAUUGGAGCUGGGCCAGAAGAUCGGCAGCGACCGCAGCGCUUUCGUCAGACACAGCACGUCGGGUCCUGCCGGAAGCGUAGAAAACGGGCAGAGUCCACCGCCGGUCGGCACCGAGAAUCAGAAGACACCGUCGCCGCGAAUCGCGGAGAACGGAAAUGAGCAGAACACGAUGGCCAAAGAAGCGGCGGCCGAGGGCAGGCCGGCGCAACCUCAGCGGAAGAGGAACCCAUACUCGAUAGAGGAACUGCUGAAGAAGGAUGAGGGCAAGAGCAGCUCGAAGAGGCCGAAACUGACAAACAUCGGAGUAGUGCAACCCUGCGGGAUCGUCCUCAACAAGGAGAUCUGAGGAUCCCGUGAAAAACGGACCGGAGAAUAACAUAGUCUAGCGAUAGAGGCUAAGUUGAUCGUCUAACUUCGGAGGUGUCCUCAGAAAUCUCGUACUCACAUGGCGCGGAAACUGUUCGGAAAGAGGUGACUAAAGGAAGUAAGAAGCUAGGGAAUGGAAUCUUGUAUCAGAUUGAGUAUCAAGUUUGAAUAACAAACGCUGUGUCGAUGAGUAUUGUUUGUGAUUGAAUAGUUUAAAGGCUGUAACGAAUUGAAUACUGAUUACCUGUACGUGUUACACUUGGAGCACAAAAGAUUGAAGUAUUGAGAGUUGUAUGAAAGUUGAUUUGUUUUAU